AUGUAUCUACCCAUCCCAAGCUAUACGGGCAGUAAUAAAAGCUCAUCAGAUCAAAACAAAUCAAUUGCACCACUCGUGGGAGCUUCUUCAAUGUCAAAAAACCAUGCGUGGUCACCUGCGCCUCUCACUUCUAGAGUUGGUGGCUCAUCUACACUAAGUGGUUCUUCCUCGUUACCACUACCGCACCCACACACCCAACCAGUUAAUUCAAACUCUAAGGAACAACCUAUGAUCAACCAACUGCAGCAUGUUUUUAAUAUUAAUCAAAACUCAAAUAAUCCAAAAAGUAUGCAUACAUCUAGUCAGUAUCCAAAUCCUCCUCAGUUUCAUCAAUACCGCCAGCUUAAUCAAUCACAUCACCUUCUGGUGCACCCAAGCUCGCAAGAAAUACAUGAUCCAUCUCACCAAUAUCAUCCAAUGCAGUAUCCAGUGCUGCAUCAUCAAGCACUUCAGUAUCAGUCGCUGAAUCCAUCUUCAACACUGGAGUCACAAUAUCAUCCUCUUAAUAUGCAGGAUAGGAUGUACGUCAGUGAUAACACCAAAGAUAUGGAACAUCAAAACGUCAAGAAUGAAUCUAAAAAAAAGCGAGGACGUCCCAGAAAGCUCAUACUUGAUGCUUCCACCAAUGAAUACAUUGAUUCGACCCAUCCACACUUCAAGCAAUUAAACAAACUACUUAGAGAAUCUAGUCCGUCUACAUCUCAAGUAAAGGGUGCCUCUACAAAAUUAUACUCUGCAAGAGGUGAUGGACACACAAACCUUUAUGAUCAGCCUAUUUCUAUGCGAACGUUAGAAGAUGAAGAAGUAAAAAAACUAUUGCAGAAGAAAGAUAGACGCGGAAGGCCAAGGAAGUUUCCGGUUGAGCAAACUGGUUUAACAAUCAAGGGUAUAAGAGUAAAUGGUAUCCUCAAGCAGAAAAAACGAAUUCGAGACAACUUAGGGUCCGGUGCUGUUGCUGUGAAAAAGGAAAGGGGUCGUCCAAAGAAAGCUCUCAGCUAUUCCGGAGUGACAAAAUCCGAUAGCUCCCCCUGUGGUAUUUCACCGGAGGGAGGGGCUGGAUACUCUUCGUAA